GGGCGAGCGGAGGCUUGAAGGAGGGCGAGGGAGAAGCGAAAAGAGAGUCUCCCUCCGCGAGAGCUUCUAAUCUGGUUGCUAUGGAAACAUAUGACCACAUAAAAGGAAGUCUAUUCUGAUAAUUCUGAUACCUGAGAUGCAACUGGACUGAAGAGUGGAACAGGAAAAAUAUUAGUGCCAACCUUAAUUACAAUGGAUACUGAUUCAGGGGAGCCAGCUAGCACAGAAGAUUCUGAGAAACCUGAUGGAGUUUCAUUGGAAAACAGAGUUCGUCAGGUUGCAGCAACUUUGACAGUGGAAGCUAGACUAAAGGAGAAAAACAGUACCUUCUGUGCUUCUGGAGAAACUAUAGAAAGGAAGAGAUUCUUUCGAAAGAGUGUUGAGAUGGCAGAAGAUGACAAAGUUGCUGAAUCUUCCUCCAAAGAUGAGAGAAUAAAGACUGCAACAAAUAUUCCAAGAGUAGAAGAGCUUCCUACAAAUGUGCUAAGAGGCAGACAAGAAGUUAAAUACGAGCAAUGUUCAAAGGGAAUGUCAGAAUCCUCAAAAGAUUGUUUCAAGGAGAAAAAUGAAAAGGAAAUGGAAGAAGAAGCAGAAAUGAAGGCUGUAGCUACUUCUCCUAGUGGCAGGUUCCUGAAAUUUGACAUAGAGCUGGGAAGAGGAGCAUUUAAAACAGUAUAUAAAGGACUGGACACUGAAACAUGGGUUGAGGUUGCUUGGUGUGAGCUGCAGGACCGGAAAUUAACCAAAGCUGAGCAGCAAAGGUUCAAGGAAGAAGCAGAGAUGUUAAAGGGUCUCCAACAUCCCAAUAUAGUUCGAUUCUAUGAUUCCUGGGAGUCUAUAUUAAAAGGAAAGAAAUGUAUUGUAUUAGUGACUGAACUUAUGACAUCAGGAACCUUAAAGACGUACUUAAAACGAUUUAAAGUCAUGAAACCAAAGGUCUUAAGGAGCUGGUGCAGGCAAAUUUUAAAGGGGUUGCAGUUCUUGCACACUAGGACUCCUCCUAUUAUUCACCGGGAUCUGAAGUGUGACAAUAUUUUCAUCACGGGACCCACUGGAUCUGUGAAGAUUGGUGAUCUAGGACUAGCCACCUUAAUGCGCACAUCAUUUGCUAAAAGUGUCAUUGGCACUCCUGAGUUUAUGGCCCCAGAGAUGUAUGAAGAGCACUACGAUGAAUCUGUGGACGUCUAUGCUUUUGGAAUGUGUAUGCUAGAAAUGGCUACUUCGGAGUACCCUUAUUCUGAGUGCCAGAAUGCAGCUCAAAUAUACCGUAAAGUAACUAGUGGUAUAAAACCAGCCAGUUUCAAUAAAGUCACUGAUCCUGAAGUGAAAGAAAUCAUCGAGGGAUGUAUUCGUCAAAAUAAAUCUGAAAGGUUGUCUGUCAGGGACCUACUAAACCACGCAUUUUUUGCUGAGGAUACAGGACUAAGGGUGGAGUUAGCGGAGGAAGAUGAUUGCUCAAAUUCAUCUCUGGCUUUAAGGCUCUGGGUUGAAGACCCUAAAAAAUUGAAAGGCAAGCAUAAAGACAAUGAAGCUAUUGAAUUCAGUUUCAAUUUAGAAACAGAUACACCUGAAGAAGUAGCGUAUGAAAUGGUCAAGUCAGGAUUCUUCCAUGAAAGUGAUUCCAAAGCUGUUGCUAAGUCCAUUAGAGACCGGGUGACCCUGAUAAAGAAGACAAGGGAGAAGAAGCCAGCUGGCUGUUUGGAAGAACGCAGAGAUUCCCAGUGCAAGUCUGUGGGGAAUGUACUCCCUCAGCCCCAAAAUACAACUUUGCCCCCUCCUCCUGCUCAGUACAGCGGGGCUGAAUGUGAAGAAACUGAAGUUGAUCAACAUGUGCGACAACAGCUUCUGCAAAGAAAACCACAACAGCAUUGCUCCUCUGUUACAGGUGACAGUUUGUCUGAGGCAGGAGCUGGAUCAGUUAUACAUUCAGAUACUUCAAAUCAGCCCAGUAUAGCCUAUUCCUCAGACCAGAUGAUGGGCUCUCAAAUGGUUUCUAACAACCCACAGGCCGAAAUAAAUGUUCCAGGGAAAAUUUAUCCAUCCCAGCAGCUAGUGGGACAUUACCAGCAGAUUUCAGGGUUGCAGAAGCAGCCAAAUCUGACUCAGCCCCAAAUUUCGCCUUUUCUUCAAGGUCAGUCCACUGUUCUGCCUGUACAUGUCCUUGGACCUCCACUUGUCUCACAACUCCAGUUUUUGCCAUUAAGUGUCCCAAAGGUCUCACAGGUAAAGCCUGUAUCCCAAGCAGUUGGAGCUGAACAACCAGCAACUCUUCUAAAACCGGAUUUAGUUAGAAGUUUGAAUAAUGAUGUGGCAGCUGUGAAGGAAAACACCAAUACCCCUGAUAACCCAAGUGGAAAUGGCAAACAAGAUCGGAUCAAACAGAGAAGAGCUUCCUGUCCUAGAUCAGAGAAGGGGACUAAAUUUCAGCUUACUGUCCUUCAGGUGUCAACCUCUGGAGACAACAUGGUGGAGUGUCAACUGGAGACACACAAUAACAAGAUGGUCACCUUCAAGUUUGAUGUUGAUGGUGAUGCACCAGAGGAUAUUGCAGACUAUAUGGUCGAAGAUAACUUUGUCCUGGAAAGUGAAAAAGAAAAAUUUGUAGAAGAAUUGAGGGCUAUCGUAGGUCAAGCCCAGGAGAUCCUUCAUGUCCACUCUGCUGCAGAAAGAGCCGUUGGAGUUGACUCUAUUACUGUGGAAUCCAGCAGUAGCCAAACAGGAUCAUCUGAACAAGUACAGAUAAAUUCUGCAUCCACUCAAACCAGCAAUGAAUCUGCUCCUCAGUCAUCCCCAGUUGGUCGAUGGCGAUUUUGUAUCAAUCAGACAAUAAGAAACCGUGAGGCUCAAUCUCUUCCUUCUCUUCAGCAGUCCAUGUCUACAGUUCCUGGGCUAAAUCUGCUUUCUAGUCCAAGAAACAUAAGUAAUAAGGAAAUAUCACAGGACACGCUGCUCACUCUAGAAAAUAAUCCAUGCCAGCGUGCACUUUACACCUCCACAUCAGAACACAAGGAUGUAGUUGAUGGUAAGAUUUCUGAAUAUGCCAGUGUAGAAACUAAGCUGCCAGCUAUACUUUAUCAAGUGGAAGAUGACAAGCAGAUAAUGGCACCAGUUGCUAGUAGUUCCAGUCAUACGGCUACUUCAGUUCGUGCAGUUCCACUUGAAUGUGAGGGACUCACCAGCCAAGCAGGCAUAUUCCUACCUGUGUAUCCAGGUCACCAAGCUGCCAGUCAGGCAGCUCCUGGUGAGUCAACUCAGAUUGCUCCUAACUCUCUUACAACCCCGGCAUUUAUGUCUGAUCAAAAGCCUCAGUCCUUACCAGUGCAGCAGCCAACUACGGAUGCAGAGUUUAUUUCCCAAGAAGGAGAAACCGCAGUGAUCAUGGAAGCAAGUUCUCCUAAGAUGGUCAUUCCCACUCAGACCCCUGGCCUUGAACCAACUAGCCUUCUGUCCUCUACUGUCGUGGAAUCAGAUGGGGAAGGACCUCCAAAAAUGGAGUUUGCAGACAACCGAAUUAAAACUCUGGAUGAAAAAUUAAGAAAUUUGCUCUAUCAGGAGCAUAGCAUAUCUAGCAUCUAUCCUGAGAGUCAGAAGGAUACCCAAAGCAUAGACUCUCCGUUUUCUUCCUCUGCUGAAGACACAGUCUCAUGUCCAGUGCCAGAAGUCAUAGGCAUCAGUCACUGUGGAGUUCAAGAUAGUCCUGCACAGUCCCCCAAUUUUCAGCAGACAGGCUCUAAGAUUCUGUCCAAUGUGACUGUGAGUCAGCCUGCUAACAUAUCAGUGUUCAAAAGGGACCUGAAUGUGAUAACUUCUAUACCCAGCGAAUUAUGUUUACAUGAGAUGUCCCCAGAUGCUUCACUUCCAGGGGAUCCAGAGGCCUAUCCUGCUGCUGUGUCAAGCGGUGGAGCCAUUCAUCUGCAGACAGGAGGUGGAUAUUUUGGCCUAAGCUUUACUUGUCCUAGUCUCAAAAAUCCUAUUAGCAAGAAAUCCUGGACUCGCAAAUUAAAAAGCUGGGCAUACAGGCUACGGCAGUCAACCAGCUUUUUCAAGAGAUCAAAAGUCCGUCAAGUGGAUACAGAAGAUACGAGAUCAGCAGUUGCUCCUGACCCCAUUCCUCUGACAGGAGAGUCCACAGCUGAUGCUAGGGCUUUGAGUAGAUGUAAAGCAAUGAGUGGAUCAUUUCAGCGGGGUCGGUUCCAGGUGAUUACAGUUCCUCAGCAGCAGUCAGUGAAAGUGACAUCUUUUGGAAUAGAACACAUACCAGCAUUCAAUAAAAUGACAAGCCAGCCUAGUGAAGAAGCUUUAGCCUUUACUGAAACAGCAAAGUCUCAAUUGGUAGAAAUGGAACCUGCCACAGACAAUCCACAAACUUCACUUUCUUCUCAGAAGUUACAAGCUCUUCAGGAAACCUUCAAAAAAGAUAAAAGAAUUCCCAAACAAGCUGACAACUUCUCAUCUUUCAGUACAGCUUGUGAGACUGAUGUAUCUUUGAUGACUCCAGAAAAGGAAUUGGAAGAAAAUUCAGCCACAGGAAGUAGCUUGCAGUCUGGAUCUGAACUGUUGCUUAAAGAGAGAGAGAUACUUACUUCUGGGAUACAGCCUACCUCUGAUAGUGAAUUUUCAGCCACUCUUUGUGGCAGAGGGAAAUCAGUGGCAAAGACUGGUCCAGAGAGAGAAAAGUGCUUACCACUCCGUGAAGAAAAAGCCUAUGUUCAAACACAGAGCUCACUCUUCUAUUCACCGUCUUCCCCAAUGAGCAGUGAUGAUGAGUCAGAAGUAGAGGAUGAGGACUUAAAGGUGGAGCUUCAAAGAUUACGAGAAAAACACAUUCAGGAAGUGGUAAAUCUUCAAACCCAGCAGAAUAAGGAGCUACAGGAGCUCUAUGAACGCCUUCGGGCAAUUAAAGACAGCAAAGUCCAAUCAUCAGAGAUUCCUGUACCACCUGCAUCACCACGUAGACCAAGAUCUUUCAAAAGCAAACUUCGAAGCCGUCCCCAGUCCUUGACACAUGUGGACAGUGGCACAGUUGCAACAGAUCCACUGUGUGUGGAAAGUAGUGCAGCAUCAUGCCAGCAAUCUCCAGCUAGUAAAAAAGGGAUGUUCACAGAUGACUUACACAAACUGGUGGAUGACUGGACAAAGGAAACAGUAGGAAAUUCUCUUAUUAAGCCAAGUUUAAACCAACUUAAACAGAGUCAACAGAAACUAGAAACAGACAACUGGAACAAAGUAUAUGAAAAUACUCCAUCUACUAUGGGCUACACAUCAACAUGGAUUUCUUCUCUGUCCCAAAUCCGUGGAGCUGUCCCAACCUCCUUGCCACAAGGACUUUCACGCCCUUCAUUUCCUGGCCCAUUAUCAUCAUAUGGAAUACCCCAUGUUUGUCAAUAUAAUGCUGUGGGGGGGCCAGGGUAUCCAGUACAGUGGGUAGGAAUUUCAGGAACACCACAACAGUCUGUAGUAAUUCCUACCCAAUCUGGGGGACCGUUCCAGCCGGGGAUGAAUUUGCAGGCAUUUCCAGCUUCAUCAGUGCAGAAUCCAUCCACGAUCCCUCCUGGUCCCAAGUGAAUCAGAGUAGAAGAUGAAGAAAAAGGAGAUAUUUUUCAGAAUUAAUUUU